AUUCCAUUUUCAAGCUAAGCCUUAUAAAUAAUAAGAGCAAAAAAAAAAAACCAAAACAACGAGAGAGAGAACAUGGGUUCAAGUUCAGCAUCCGAAAGUGUUUGCGUUACAGGAGCCUCUGGUUUCAUCGGGUCAUGGCUUGUCAUGAGACUCAUCGAGCGUGGCUACACGGUCCGAGCCACUGUACGCGAUCCAGCUAACAUGAAGAAGGUGAAGCAUUUGGUGGAGCUUCCAGGUGCAAAGACCAAAUUGUCUCUGUGGAAGGCUGAUCUUGCUCAAGAGGGAAGCUUUGAUGAAGCCAUUAAAGGCUGCACUGGAGUUUUCCACGUGGCAACCCCCAUGGAUUUUGACUCCAAGGACCCUGAGAAUGAAGUGAUAAAGCCUACAAUAAACGGAUUGCUAGACAUCAUGAAAGCAUGCGUGAAGGCCAAAACUGUCCGAAGGCUUGUAUUCACUUCCUCAGCGGGAACUGUGGAUGUUACGGAACACCCAAACCCUGUCAUCGAUGAGAACUGUUGGAGCGAUGUUGACUUCUGCACAAGGGUCAAAAUGACUGGUUGGAUGUAUUUUGUUUCAAAGACCCUGGCGGAGCAAGAAGCGUGGAAAUAUGCCAAAGAGCACAACAUAGACUUUAUAUCAGUCAUUCCACCCCUUGUCGUUGGCCCCUUUCUUAUGCCAACAAUGCCACCUAGCCUAAUCACUGCUCUUUCACUAAUCACAGGAAAUGAGUCCCAUUACCAUAUCAUAAAGCAGGGCCAGUUCGUACACUUAGAUGACCUUUGUCUUGGUCAUAUAUUCGUGUUCGAGAAUCCAAAAGCCGAAGGGAGGUACAUAUGCUGUUCACACGAGGCAACCAUUCAUGACAUUGCAAAACUGCUUAACCAAAAAUACCCUGAGUAUAAUGUCCUUACUAAGUUCAAGAAUAUUCCAGAUGAAUUGGACAUUAUUAAAUUUUCUUCGAAGAAGAUCACAGACUUGGGCUUCAAAUUUAAGUACAGCUUAGAGGAUAUGUUUACUGGAGCCGUUGAAACCUGCAGAGAAAAAGGGCUUCUUCCUAAACCUGAAGAAACUACAGUUAAUAAUGUGCUUCUUCCUAAACCUGCAGAAACUACAGUUAAUGACACUAUGCAGAAAUAAAUAUGCUUUCAUAUUAGGGAUAAGUAUGUAUGUUCAAGAUCUCAUCGAUCAAGUGAAAGUGAUGAUUAUUUCUUUUUUGUGUUGUUUUUCUUUAGGGAUCAUGUGUGAUGAAUUUCUAGCUGUAAUAAAGUAUUGUUUUUUUAUUUAACUA